UGUGCACAGCCGGCAUCUCUGUUGAGGGUAUCGGCGAAGUCAGGCCCCACGCAGGCUUCUUGCGCAUAGGCAACAUUAAGCUGGACUUCGAUUUCAAAACCAUGGUUACCAAGAUGGAGAACCUCUUCCCUAACAACAGAGUCAUGAGUGACACUGUCCACCACUUCCUGAACAACAACUACCAAGCGGUAGCCGACGAAAUCCGGCCUGAAGUGUCGCGCCAGCUCGGCAUCUUCUUCGCUCAGAUCUUCAACCGUAUCCUGCCUACGGUGCCAGCUGCAGUGCCACGCGGUGCCAGCAUCAACACCAACGACAAGCACAGGAAGAAGACCCUUCAGGAUAUGGCACUCCGCCGCAUUUCUUCUGCGUCGAGAAACUGAGUGCAUCAAAUUCUGAUUGAAGAACGCCCUUUGAGAUUGACCCAGAUUUACUGAUAGUCUUUUGAAAAUUUGGUUAGCAAACUUGGAAAUAAGUGCAAUGACCGCGAAUUAUGAACUCCAAAAUUUUGUUCAUUGAUAAUUGUCAUCUUGUAUACGGGAUUCGUAGCUGCCAUAUAGGCAGUUGCCAGUUAAUUUACGCAUUCUGUAAUCGGCACUUAAACAAUGCUUAUAAAAUACUUGGUUUCAAAACCUUCGACAAAAUAUUAAAAAAAUCGUGAUAACUAAAAUAUCUUAUGAAUUUGGAUUUGCCCGAUCAGAACUGAUCAUUCACACAAUAAUUUAAUGUCGGUCGAUAAAGACGCUAGGGCUUGUGUCUCGAAUUCAAAGUAAAAGAUUUCAAGGUUUUCACUGAAAAUAAAACCUUUUAAUAUUUCGGAUAACCUGUACGCGAUAGAUUUCUUCUAAAUAAUAGGACAGGCAGUUUUAUUGCUGCAGAAGUAUCACCGCCUGGACGAUGCAUUAAUUUAUUCCCCUAAUAUUUUGAGCCAAAACAAAUCUCGUAAAAAAUACAAAUGAGAGUCGCCCAUACUGGAGAAUAUCAAAAAAUUAUAGUCCGAAGCUCAACCAAGAAGCGGUCAAAUUUUUACACAAAUUGGUUAUUAGUUCUGAAGGAUUCCUUGCGGUCUCCUCCUAUUAGCGUAGUUUGUAAUAGUUAUUUAGCACGACUGGUUUUUAGUGUCCGUUUGUUAAUCAAUUUUGUUUAAGGACAAUUAUAACGCUCGCCAUGAGUUUUGAGUUUAAUUUAGCUUUGCACUUGAGUGCCUUUAUCUUUAAAUUGCUGCACCGAGAGCAUUAUUUCUAUAGCUGAGGGUCUCUUUGAUGACGAUGAGUGGAGUCCUACUAUUGCGAGAAAUGUAAUCAACCCGCAGAUGCAAUCCCAAUCCGAUUAUUAUUAUAGUUUGAGUUUUGUGUACAGUUUCACAUGAAUUUUCAAAUGGAACUGUGUUUAGAGACAUUAUUAUAAAUUGGUAUACAGUCAGCCCGUAGUAUGACUCGUCAUAUUUCGAGCUGACUCUCAAAUGACCGUAUAUCAUUGCAUAUUUUUGGGAAGCUUGUUUGAGUCUAUGAAUUAAUUCAGAUUCCAAUAGUUUCAAAAUGAGCUUUUAUAAAAAUAAAUUUUACACAUCAAAUGUGGGCAGACUGUAAUUAUGAAUAUCUGUAAAAUUCUCCAAGCUGCUUAUAAACACGCGUGUACUGUCUUCUGCAUUCUGGUUAGUCACUAUAUAGACAGUUCAAAAACGGCGUAACAAAUUGAAAUGUUCAAAGCUAGGAGUGUUGUGCAGUAAGAACUGCUCGGAAUUUAAAUUUCGAAAGAAAAUAAAGCUUCUGAAUUUCGGGCGAGCAUUAAAAAAUGCCAGGCGAUAAACUUGAGGCGUAAAAGUCUAAAUAACUAUUACAGAGAAAUCAUUAGGUUUUCGCAAAUAGUAAUUGAUUUUGGAGCUGAGAUAAAUGCGGUAAGGCUACUGUUGGAACGAUUUCGAUCCAUCAAUACAUUGUCCUUGCCAUUAUACGGUUUAAAAAUUCUUCAUUUUGUUCAUUUUGCGCUAAAAUUUUCAAUAAAAGCGUGUCGCUGUGUUGUUGAUUAACAGACAAUAA